ACACACACAAAAAGAGUGCCAGGGAAGAGAUUAUUAUGAAGUGCGAUGGCUUGGUGCGACCGUGCGGUUCAGCUGCUCCUGGCCACCGUGGGCGCUUUCGUGGCGUUUAGCCUUAUGACCAUCGCUAUCGGCACGGACUACUGGCUGUACUCCAGGGCGUACAUUUGCAACGCGACCAACAUCAGUGCGGAUGACACUCAGUCUCAACCCAAGAAAACUCGCGGCGACCUCACGCACUCCGGGCUUUGGAGAAUCUGCUGUAUAGAAGGUCUCAACAAAGGAAGCUGUUACCGUAUCAAUCAUUUUCCGGAUGACAACGACUACGACACUGACAGCUCAGAAUACCUUCUACGUAUAGUCCGUGCCUCUAGCGUGUUCCCCAUCCUCAGUACUGUUCUACUGCUUCUGGGGGGGCUGUGUGUGGGAGUAGGACGCAUCUACAACAAGAGGAAUACCAUUUUGCUCAGUGCAGGGAUCCUGUUUGUUGCAGCAGGUUUGAGCAACAUCAUUGGGAUCAUCGUGUACAUCUCCAGCAACACCGGUGAUCCCAGCGACAAGCGUGACGAAGACAAGAAGGGCCAGUACAAUUACGGCUGGUCGUUCUACUUCGGGGCUCUCUCCUUCAUCGUCGCGGAGGCGGUUGCUGUCCUAGCUGUGAACAUCUACAUCGAAAAGAACAAGGAGGUGCGCUUCCAAGCACGACGGGAGUUUGUCAAGUCUACCUCGUCCUCCUCACCGUACUCGCGCAUGUCCAGUUUCCGCUACAGACGGCGACACUCGCGUUCCAGCUCACGUUCCACUGAGGCGUCCCGCGAGGCUUCUCCAGUAGGGAUAAAGAUGGUGAGCUCCGUGCCUCUGGGUGAGAUCAACAUGUACACACUGAGCAGAGACCCGCUAAAAUCGGGCACUGACAGCUCCUAUAGCCCCGAACACGACUCUGGAUUCCUGCAGGUGCACAACUGUUUUCCCAAAGACUUAAACGACAGCAUCAACAGGAGGACAACACCAGUAUGAGAGACCUUAAUGACGGAAAUGUUUUAGAAAUACAAUGUCUUGGCCAUACAACUUGGGAGCACCACUGAGGCCUAAUGGUUUAGUAGAAGCACUAGUUCAAUUAUUGCGAUGAUUCAACUACCUAAGGACUACUACCUUUCAAGGGGGGAUUCGAACGGGCUCUGACGAUAGCAUUUAAUUCUUCAAACAGUAUUUUGGCCUUAAGUGUUCUCCUUGAAGUAUUAGUAAGAAAGGAUUUAAGAGCGAGCUGUAGUAGAACUGUUUAUCUAAUUCCGUCAAUUUUACGAACAAUCUUUGAAUAGGUGGAUUAUAUGAAGCGUGAAAUAUUUAAGUCUUUUCUCUGUACGAGUUCUAGAAGCAGUGGAGAUUCCAAAUUCACCAUUUUAAAUAGGACUGUCCAAAUAUAAAAUGGUGCUACAGGAAGUAGUCUCACAGAUUAAGCCUUCCCCUUCUUGUGUAUUUUUGUAUAUACUUGAACCUCGUGUUGCCUUGUCUGCCGUGUCACAUGUCUGUAAACACAACUGUUAUAAUUUAAUCUCUGUGCCUCUCUGCUUAUCAGGAUCAGCAAUUCUGGCUGAUCUAAACUGUCAGUAUUUUUUACUGCAGAGAAUACUGUGUUUAAGGACUUUUGUGAAACUAGAAAUAACCCAGGGCACUGAAUCUACGGAAGGACUAGGACAGAAAGGAGACAAUACAAGACAAGCACAAAACAUUACAGUGCUGUGAAGCUUUAUAUUAUAUUUUAAUUACAAGUUGAAUCAUGUGCCGUCAGCUGUCAGUUGAAACUCACCUAUGUGUUUGUUCUCUGUUGUGAAUGAAUCGAAGACGAAUGCUAUUCCACUGCCGUUGUUCUCAGCAACAAGGACCUUGGGGUCUCAAUCGAAGUGGUUUUAUGAAUCAGCUUUGAAUGCAAUCUGAAUAAUAGCCGUGCCUCUCCUCCAUGCCGGUGAAGGCCUGUGUAAAUCUGAAUGGUGUGCUACUGGGACUGUGACAUUGUGAAAGUCUAAAGAUAAACCUUGAGCCGAGAAAUGUCAGACAUCCAGAACUGAAAGAGCCCGUCAGCACUGAGAGGCAUUACAAUGCUGCGGUCCGUUCGCCGAUAACAAUCUAGGACAAAGAAGAAUGAAAGACUGUCAGUUGCAUCAAUGACGCCAAACCAGCGCUUCAUCCGUGUCUUAGUUUCGUGAGCCUUAUGAUUGGAAUUCUUUUCACAUCUACGUGCCAGCCAGAAAUGUACUUCAUCACUGUUAAUUUUUUUCUCAAUAUUACAGCAUGUCUUCGGGUACAAUAGCUCUUACUUUGUCAUUUAUGUUUACAAGGACACUCGUGGCGGUGAGAGAAUACUGUAUAGUGUUCAGUCAAGUGCAUAGUGCUGAAUGACUCAUCAUAGGACAAAUCAUCUCAGUUACUUGUAUAUAUAACUACCUUCAUUUCCUAAUACCAUUUUUAUAUGAGCUUAGACCCAUGCUUCUGCAUAGCAUGGUGUAUGGUUGGUCAUCUUGAAUAUUGGCAUUUCCUAUGAUCCUUUGACUGUGCGUGCUAUAGCUAUUAUAUUCAGAGUGAUUCCAAAGGCAUUUCUGGUGUUUUGGUGACAUAAUCACAAUUACUUGCCUAUAACGCUGUGUCUUUCUUGAAGAAAACACUUCCUGUUUCUUUGCUGGUGUUCUCAGUAUAAAGCUCCCACUAACAACAUCAAUAUAACCUUGCUCACUUAAAUAAAUAAGCCAGGGCAUAUAUUUUGCUUGUAUGUGUAUGUUCUUUUAUUUCAUCUGGGGUGAAGCAUACAGUCCUACAACCGCUAUUCAAGUCAAAAUGACCUACUGAACUUAAAACACAACCCAAUGAUGGGCCUGCU